UCCCAACGUGUUUUGGUUUUUUUUUUAUCAUAUGUUGAGACAUAAAAUGUUUGAAUCAAUGUAAAUCGUUUCAUAACUUCAAAUUCCGGCAAACAAUUCAUCAUGGCAUCUCUUAUCUUACGUACAAUCCGCCAGCAAUUACUGUACCAUGCAAACAUUUCUCGAGAGUUCACUGAUUUACGUUUUACGAUGAUACCGCGCCCGCAGCGAUUUGCUCAGCAUUUGCGACUGCUCCACGAAACACCGGCACUGCUCCGAUCUACUGUCAGCGAUGAUGUUUCACUGCUGGAAGCUAAGCAAGAUCCAGACACAUUUGGAACGCUAUCACCGUCAGUUCCGGAGCCCGAAACACCAGACGAAGGUGAUUUACAAGAAGAACAUUUCCUUCAAUAUCUGCCCGCCAGGUCGCAAAAGUUGAGCACUAAACAGUAUGCGGAUCUUAUCAAAGAUCAUCUGAAAAACAAGCGCGUAAAAGAGGCAAUAGACGUGUUGGAGGUACGAAUGAAGGCGGACCGAGUGAAACCAGUUAACUACAUAUUUAAUCUAGUGAUUGGAGGUUGUGCCAGAGCCGGAUACAGCAAGAAGGCGUUUCAGCUGUACAACAAAAUGAAACAACAUGGUCUGAAAGUGACCGGAGGAACGUAUACUUCGCUUUUCAAUGCAUGUGCGAAUACUCCGUUCUUGGGUGAGGGAAUGCACAACGCCAACCGAUUGCGGGAAAUUAUGAUCGAGAAAGGAUACGAACCGAACGAGUCGAACUAUAAUGCGAUGAUUAAAGCCUACGGAAGAUUGGGGGAUCUGAAAACUGCCUUUCAGCUUGUCGACACAAUGGUUGUGAAACAACUCUGUAUUAAUACCGACACGUUCAAUUUCCUUCUCCAAGCGUGUAUAAGCGAUACGGAGUUCGGUUUCAGGCAUGCUUUGCUCGUUUGGCAUAAAAUGUAUCGUAUGAAGUCUUUACCCGAUAUAUAUUCCUUCAAUCUACUGCUGAGAUGCGUGCGAGAUUGUGGACUGGGUGAUUUGGAGACGACAGAACAAGUUAUCAAGCAAAUACUGCAACAAAGUCAAACAAAUCCAGUGGAACUGAAUGCGUCAAACACUGUACUUCUCGAGGAUAGAACGCAAGAGACAUCCCAAGAACUCCAAGUGUUACACAACAAAGAACAUCGACUAAGUCAAGAAGGUGCACCGAAUCUUCUCUCGCGUCAACCUCACCUUGGAAGCUUGAUAAGCCUGCAUGACAUUCAGAAACCCGAAGAUCGUCUUCUGCUGCUGGGAGGGACAGCAAGCUUCCUCAAUGAAAUGGCGCAACUAAAAAUCGAACCCGACAUCAAGACGAUGACCGAGCUGUUGGACGUUAUUCCGUCGACAAUCGUGGCCGAGAAACAGAUACUAUCAACGAUUCGGAAGCUCGGCAUUAAAUGCGAUAUCGAUUUUUUCAACAUUCUAAUCAAAAAACGUUCGAUGCGGUUCGAUUAUGACGCGGCGCGUGAGGUACUGACAAUGAUUAAGACCGCCCGGCUGGAACCGGAUAUUGUUACGUAUGGUGUACUGGCGCUUGGGUGCCAGAUUCCAGAGGAAGCCCACGCCUUGCUGGAAGAAAUGGAUGACGCUGGGAUCAGAACCAACAUUCAAAUCCUAGGUGCUAUGUUACGACAGGGUACGGCAAAGCAAAAUUUCCGCUACGUAAUCACCAUUCUUGACAUCGUGAAACAGAACCGCUUCAAACCAAAUGAACAAUUUCUUCGCCAUCUGGAUGCUUUCAAUAAAAAAUGUGAAAGCAUUACCAAAUCGUAUGACCGGAACCCCCGGAAACCAGGGCAGCAAGAAUUCAGACUGGAAUACAACCGCUACAAACUAAAACUGGACCACUGGAUGGACCAUAUGAAGCUGAAGGGACUUGAUUUGGAUGGAGCCAAAAAGGUGGUACGAGAGCAUCCGUGGGAGCAGUUCAAGCAGCCCCAAAUGGAAGGAUUCGAGGAUGUGAAAAAUCCUAAGCUGAGGCACAAGAAGAAAAAGGAACACUCGAUACGUAAGAUCAAUGUUGAAGAGUUGGAUGAUGGUCAUCAGCGGGAAUCGAUUCGACGUGUUGAAUAAAUGAUGAGCUGUAGUAAAAUAGGUUCAAUAUCUGUAUGAGUAAUUUCUUCGUGUUAAAACACUUUCAUAUUUCCCUUAUUCAUAAUUAUCAGUGGGUUCCGGGUAUUAUAUGAGCAAUUCUACGCUACGGUCAUCAUACUACGGCUUAUCAAGCCGUAUUUAGUUUUUAAAUCUUUGUACAUGAAGUGGCAGAUAACCAAAACUACAUUUUUUAUCAUCAUAUGAUCAAUUUUGAUGGGAGCUGAUUUCUUUUGGAAGCGUUUUAAAAAACGACUUCUUUUUAUUAAUCGUAACUUUAAUCCCUCAUAAGUCCGUGGAAACUAGCCAAGGGUCGACUUCAACUUCAGAGAAUUCGGGAUACCGAAGCAGAGUUUGACAGCCAUUUAUAUGUGGCAAGGAUAAACAA